GCAGCCCAGACGGCGUACUGAGGAAACACAAAAUAAACAGGAAGAGGUGUGAGAAAGAGAGCCCUCCAUAAAGUGCGACUGUAGAGAUCAGAGGAGCAGAGAUGUGCAGUGACGAUGUGUUGCCUCAUGUUUAGUUCACCAACAGGUCUGAUUUGAAUCUGGAGAGGCCCGUAGUGGGAGCUGAAAGUCUUACAUUCACACAAUCAAGGAAGAUAUGCAGAAUGAAACCUCGGACUCAACAGGUGUCCUUGAAUAUAAUAAUGAGACAUGAAGCAGUAGUUUCCAGAGUAACUGUCUGACAGAGUAGGUUGGUGAGGCGUGAUGUUGUUGGAGUAUUAAGUAACAACUUGUUUUAUCACACGGGCCUCCAUGCGGUCUUUGUCUUUAGCUGGUAGUUUAGUGGCUUUGUGAGUAUGUUUAUGUCUUUAUUGGACAGCAGGUGUGAAGUGACAUAGGGCUGCUAGAUAACGGCAGGGUUAGGGUUAUGCAUUUUUGCAUACCAAUUCCAAUGUGUGACUAUUCCUAAGAAUUAAAAUGUCAUUGUAUUCAAUAUAAGUAUGGGAUCAGACUUGUAUCACAAUAUAGCCAGUAUUAAAGUACUCGAUUCAGGGCCAAAACAACUUGAGUUGGUUGAAGUGUAUGUAAUGAUAAUGAAAAGAAAUAUGUUGAAUGUAUCCAUGCAUGGUGCUUAAUUCACAUUUUAAAGAGGUCUUUGCUGUCAAGACAGAAUCACCACAAAGCUGACCGCUUCCUGUUUUUUUCACUCAGGUCAGUUCUAAUGACAUCCACUGCCACUUUGGAUCUGUUGUAUAAUAUUUUUGAACAUUAUAUUUGUCGGGUUCAUUCAACAAAUGUUAGUUGACAAGAUAAACUCAUUUCAAAUGUAGUGUGAUUCUAGGAAACGUCACACAGUCUCCCCACAAUGGCAACCACGUCGACCACUUUCUGUCACAUCCAAUUAUUUUUCACUUCAAUUAAGCACAGGAAGUGUCCUUGAAACAUCCUCAGCAAGUGUGUGUGUGUGUGUGUGUGUGUGUCCAUAAGAAUGUGUGAGGCUGUGGGUGCAGCUUUGUGUGUGUGUGUGUGACAAUAUGUGUGGGAGCGUGCUAUUGUCUGGCAUCUAAAUCAGUCCAGCUGAUGUCCAUCUGGACCCGGUAGAAUAGGAGUAGCAGGGGGACGGAGGGAUGGAGGGGCGGGGGGAGUGUGUGAGACAAAGCUGAGGGAGUGUGUGAUCUGGUGGGAAGCAGGCGGAGGGUAGGAGGGCGGGGCUUAGGGUGAAGGGGGUCAAGACACUGGAGUCCCAUUCAGGCCCCUCCCCCCAGGCCAUUUUCUUCUACUUCUUCUCUGAUUUCUUUGGGUAAUAUAAUAUGGAGGACCAAGCAUUUGUAGAGAAUUUAACUGUUUCUAUUUUUAAUACGUGUGAAGUAGGUGUUGAUGGUUUCAAAAAUAUUUUCCCCAAUUCACAUUUACAAGUUUUCCUUUUGUGAACAGACACACCGUCAUAGUUUUCAAAUGAACAGAGAACCCUACAGUAAACUGAUUUAUAUUGCUGAAUGUAUGAUCAAGUUUCAACAGCUUCCUCUUGCUGUUAGCGGUGCAUGCAACUGAAUUUUUAAAUUUGCGAUUGCAUGCUACUAAAUUUAAAAGGAGCACUGUGUGGGAUUUAGUGGCAUCUAGUGGUGAAGCUGAAUACCCCUCCCUUCACAGUCAUGUCAGAGAAAGGCCCUCUCUAGAGCCAGUGGUGGGUUUGUCCCAAAGAGAGGAGGUGAUGGAGACCAAUCACACCUGAUCCAAUUCAAAAUCAUAAACAUAAAGUCAUUAUCACAGAGAUAUACUGGUGUUCUUUAGUAAUUACAGUGCAGCCUACGGGCUCAAUAGAACACAAACACCUAGUGUAAUUAUAGUGAAAUAAUAUAUAAUAUUAUUUUAGAAACGUAUUAUUGUACAACACACAUUUUGCUGAUGUGUGUAUACUGUUUCUAAAAUUCAAAUACAAAAUAACGCAAAACAAGUUUCAUACUUUCUGCCAAUAGAUCCCCUGAACAUUAGAAACUAGGUAUCAAGCAAAUUAUUCCUUUGACAAAUCAAAUGUCACCGUGAUAAGUGACACGUUUAGGAGCUGUGUGUUUUUAUGUGUGUCAUCAUCAGUGGGCCAGCUGGGAAGUGUGUUAAUGAGCUACAUGCAGCUGAUCCAGGAUCAGACUACCUCAUAAUAUAAAGCCUUCCUUGCUAACGCAGCAACCUAUUAAAUAUUAAUAGAGCCGGUGACUGGCAACACGUGGUUAGUGUGUGUGUGUGUGUGUAUCUCAAUGUAAUAGAGGUGUUUCCCAUCCAUCAUCAGCAGACAGCCGGUUUACAACAGAGGAGUCUGUAAGUCGUAUGUUGUCAUAAAUACAUUUAAGAUCUUAAACUGCUCUGACUGCAUACGGCAGCAGAUCGCUGGUAUUCAGAGUGAGGCUCAGACUAAUCUGGUCAACGUAGAUGGAAAUUUGAUGUGAUUACAAUGUGACGGUAGCCACAUCCAGCCAUGCGUUCUCACUACUUGGUUGUUGGAUAGCUGGCUCCUGGCUGAAUGCUGGCGGUGUAGCAGUCUGGUGAAACUACAGCUACUACUGCUCAUUAGGGUUCAAAUAUAAAGCUCACUUUGUUGUGCUGUUCUCCUGCAUAUCUGUGAGAUGGUCUGACAGUCACAUUGCAUUCUCAGUCUCUUUAACGGCAGAGGGGAAAUCAAACCACACAAGUGGACAGAGGUCAGGAGCAGACAUUUCUCAUGUGUCCCGCACAAUUUUACACUUCUCAACAUGUUGAUGUAUACUUGGGUGGUCAGGGUCGGCUUGAAGGGCCCCUGGUGAAGGUUGCUUGUGCACCAGGCCUUGCUGCUUGCCAGGGCCGUGGACUUAGUGCUCGCUGGGCCUUCUUUGUGUGAGAGGAGGGAUGACUGUCCUCACUGCAAGGGUCUGAAACAUGGAGCCUGUUUCGUGUACCUAGCUUGGUGGGUGGGAUUUUCUUUUUUGCCGUAUCGUCACCCUUCAUAUCUAUACAAUUUAGUAUAAGUACUAUCUUUCUACUCGUACUUUGUGUUUUUUUUCUGUUCCUCCCUGAAGCUUGUGCAAUGAUUCUCUCAUACUCUCAUCCCCACACACACACACACACAGUGAGUCAUUCACUCGCCUGUCGUCAUGUGUCACUAAGUGGGGUUAAGUGAAAGCAGCUUAGUGCACUGACAGAGAGCCUGUUAAAGCUAAACAGGAAACAACAGAUCAUUGCCACACUCUGUCCCUCUGCCAUGAAAACACACAUUCACAUAAUUAGGGAAUAAAAGAUUUGCUUUUACUAUAACAUUACUAGUUCUCCAGCUGAUUUCAGUACAGAUUUGUUUUUCACAAUUUAGCAUUAUGAGGGAAAACAAAGUGCCUGAGAGCAUUUUAACUCUAGGUGUGUAGUACUAGUGUGCAGUACUGAUCGGGCAGGAUGUGUGGAUCAGGUAGUGUUGUUGUUGUUGUUCCUGUGUAGCUAAAUGAGCUGAUAAAUGAUAUGAUGACGUGAUGUCAGACCCUGGUCCAGCAUUUUUGGCUGCAUGGGAGGCAUUUCUUCUUUAUGAAAGUUGCUCAGUGGCGCAUGAAGCCGAAGUGGUUUGACUGCUGAGUAUAAGAUGACCCGGUGUCUUCCAGCAAUCUUCUCCCUCCAUGGGCCCAUGGAGCAGGCACAGUAGCGUUUCCUUUCACCGUGCUUCCAGCCUGAGGAGCCUCCAGGCCUAGAAGUGUAGUCUAUAAUGGACUAACCCUCCUCUGACCCCAGCUGAACGGCUGUGUUGGCACACGCAGCUGUCAGCUGAGUAGUUUAUUAUCAACCGAUCCUCAGACCUGCAGUGAAAAGCUCCCACCAUAUACAGUAUACAGUAUAUAUAACCUGUAGGACCCCCAAAAUGUAAAGCUCACAUUUCCAAAUAGGUUUACAGAUCACAAUCAUCAAAUAUACGGUACAAUUCUAUAAACACUGUGGACAUGUCCGUGUGUGAUACGUGAGUUUGUCACUGAGAGAUGAUGAUGAUGAUGAUGAUGGGCUUUGUGACGAGGCAGGUAAUCCCUAGCAAGCAGCUGCAUGACGUCCAUCUCUUGGUGGAUUAGCUCUAAUAAACACACAGCGACGGUCGGGAGCAGUCAUCCAUGUGCUCUUUAGCAGCACACUGAGAGGGAGUGGACUUAUUCAGACUAGCUGAUUUCAUUGGCUUGUUUUCUUUUCACAUAAUUGUGUUACCUGAGUGUAAAAAUGACAGUCAUCAGUUUUUCAAAUGUGCCCACGGUCCCCGUGAAGAACCUGAAUGGAUCCAGUCCUGUUCACCCUGCACUGGCCGGGAUCACAGGUAUCCUGAUGAGUGCUGCCGCUCUGCCCGUGUGUCUGACGAGACCUCCAAAACUCGUGCUGCACCCUCCGCCUGUCAGCAAGAGCGACGUCAAACCCGUGCCCGGCUUUGGCCACUGCUGCAGGAAGACCACCAAGAAACAGGCUCGCAAGGGUAAAACUCCAGAGGACGUGGUAAAGAAGUACCUGCAGAAAGUAAAAAGUCCACCAGAGGAGGACUGUACCAUCUGUAUGGAGCCGUUGGGGGGUCCGUCUGGAUACAAGGGUCCAGGGGUGGGGCCUGUGUCUCGGGCGGAGUCAGUUGGGCGACUAGCACAGUGUGGACACCAGUACCAUUUCCAGUGUCUGGUGGCCAUGUAUAACAAUGGCAACAAGGACGGCAGUCUUCAGUGUCCCACCUGUAAAACCAUCUACGGUGUGAAGACAGGCAACCAACCGGCGGGGAAGAUGGAGUACCACGUCAUCCCUCACUCUCUACCGGGCCACCCUGACUGCAAGAGCAUACGCAUCAUCUACAACAUACCGCCAGGCCUUCAGGGACCGGAGCAUCCGAACCCAGGGAAGCCCUUCACUGCCAGAGGCUUCCCCCGACACUGCUACCUCCCAGACAGCGAGAGAGGACGCAAGGUACUGAGACUGCUCCUGGUAGCGUGGGACCGCAGGUUGAUCUUCUCAGUCGGGACUUCCAGCACUACCGGAGAGUCUGACACCGUCAUCUGGAACGAGGUCCACCAUAAGACAGAGUUUGGCUCCAACCUGACGGGCCACGGGUUCCCCGACCCCGGACACCUGGACAACGUCCUGGAAGAGCUCCGAGCUCAGGGCAUCACAGAGGAGGACGGACUGAUGGAGAAGUGAAAGGACAAGGAGGAGCAGCGAAGAGCCGAAGGGAGAAGGAGGAGUAGGGGAAGAGACCAUAACAAUAACAGAAACAGGAGGAGGACAAGAGGUGGUCCCGGACUGAAACACACUCUCUCUGCCAGCACUCAAGCUUAUAGAAAACAUUGAUUUUGUUUUGCAGAGGGAACCACUUUUCAAGAUGUGAAGUCUCUGCUGGGUUCGCCUAUCAAUGCAAGUCUGUCCAAACCUUUUUAAAGCAAGCACAUCAGCAGAAGUGGGAGUGAGUUUGAGGAAGCAGCAGCACAGAAAGAGGAGUAUGUAUGUGUGUGUAUA